UUGCAGGUUAUAAGUAGAGCAGAGGCUGAUUCAAAGAGCAAAUCUCCCCAGUGGCCCCAAUGAUGGAUGGCCCAUGGUACUAUCUUCUCUACCUCUAUGGGGUCUUUGUUGAUGCCCUUUCUGUGUGUGACAGUCCUGUGAAGCUGCAUGCCAGCGAGCUGAACCGAGACCAGUAUCUUGGGAGAUGGUUCUUCAUAGCUGCUGCCUCAUCAUCCACUUCCUCGCUGGCACCUUUCACCGGCAUUGACAGCACCCUGUUCAGAAUGACUCAGAGCAACAGCCACGAACGGCUGCAACUUCAAGCUGCCCUCCGACUGAAGACAGGCCAGUGUGUACCCAGGUCAUGGGUUUACUUGCUGAAAGAAGAAAAUGCGGAUCUGGCCACAGAAGGCCGCUCCCACAUGAGGACAGAGCUCUUCUCUGCCAAAUGUCCUGAUUCCAUCAUUGUCCAGGAAACAGACCAAGACUAUCAAAGGAUCCUUUUGUACUCCCGUGUUCUCCAUCCCGCUGAAGACUGUAUUGAGGAUUUCAAAGACAAAGCUUUCUGCCUUGAUAUGGACGAAUUUCUGCUUAUACCCAGGACACAAGGUGCUUGUGAAUUCCAAGAAUCGUGACAUUGAACCCCAAUGGUAGAGAAACCAUCCUGUCAAAACAAGGCAGUUUCCCAAUCUUAGACUCCCAAAUGUCCUAUUUUAUGGGUGAAAACAACUUAAUGUAUAGGGGCUGCUGGCUGAACUGUCAUGGAAUUGUUAUACUUCUCCAAGUCUUCAGAUGGGGAGACAAAAAAUCUCAGGAUAAGCCUUCCCGAAGGAGGCAAAAGUUCAAUUUUUUUUGUAUGUGAGGCAGAUUUUAAAAGCACUCAUUCCCCACCCAUUCUCAGCAGGCAUCACGGCUCACUGACUCUGUGCCAAGACUUUUAGAUCUAUGUUUUUUAGCUACUAGUGGAGGAGAUCCACACUCUCGUGGCUACUUUGUCAUAUAUACACACACAAAUAUAUAUAUUACAGGACCAAAACCUAAGACCAUAGAUAGGUCCCAUGUAUAUAUACAGCAUGUGUGUAAAUUCAAAUAUAUCUAUGAGACCUACCCAUGGUCUUUGGUUUUGAUCCUGAAAUCUCAGAACAUAUGGAAAUGCUGACCUGGCAAACCUAUGUAUAGGAAUGAAUCAUGUCCCAACACCCCCUUAUAAAUCUGGUCAGAUUUACUUGUGUCCUUCAGCCUCAUUUCAUGGGCCCUUAAUUUCAUAGUGCCUGCAGACGUGGCAGAGCCAAAGAGAGGUGGAUGUGAGGUAAAGUAACUGAAAGAGAGAGAGAGAAGCCAACAAGAGAGAGAGAUGGGCCACGGGGUUGCCCCAUCCAUUUGGGACUUGGCACCCCACAUGACCGAGCCACAAAUCUCAGUUGAUUUUUUUUUCUCCAUAAAGCAACAAAGGGCCCUCCUAAGACAUUUCGCUGCUUGAUGUGGCAUCACAAAUAAUGGCACACGCAUAGUCCUAAUCCAAAUGUUCAGAGACUAAGUGCUUAAAAGCGAGCUAUGUUAUUUCAGCACAGGAGACAGGAAAUACCACAAGUCCCCUUUUUUCAUCUUCAUUUUUUUAAAAAAAUGAUGAUAAUAAAGAAAAUAGCUACCAGUUGCUGGUCAGAGUAUAUCUGAUUGAAAUCAGAUUGAUUCAAAUCACUAGCAGGCUGGAUAAAAAUCAAUUUUAAAAAAUUUAAUGACA